UUCACGUCGCCCACAGCAGCAGUCCUUUGCCAUCGCCAUCGCCAACUCUUCUCUCGUCGUCCUGACUUACGGCGGCAGGAUCACCCGGCUGGCCGUCUCCGCUCCUUUAGCUCUGCCCUCCGCUCCCUGCCCAACCUUGGAACCCUCACCUCAUCACCACCACCACUCACGCCGCCCGCCCGAGCACGUCGCACCCUCGCGCAACCCACACCACACCACGCCACGCCACCCUUAGCUAUCGCACCUAGAAGUAAUUCAUCCCUUUCCCUGACGGCACCUUUCGACCGCGCACGAUGCCUGCCAUGAUGGCGGCUGCACCCUACGAGAUACGGACUGGCGGCGAUGGCAAGAGCAAGAAGCAGAGCAUGGCCGAGCUCAAGCUGCGACGCCUCACGGAGCUGAACCAGCGCCUGCGAGAAGAUCUGGAGCGCCGCAGGAUACCAGUAUCGGAAGCUGCCCUAGAUCUCAUUGCAUUCACGGACAAGGAGCCAAAAGACUGGAUGGUACCAUCACGAUGGGGAACUAUCGACAAGCGCGACGACCCCUAUGCGCCGCAGCAAAGUAACGGCUGCUGCAUCGUAAUGUAAACGACCAAGGUGCAAUCGCGCAGAUGGUCAUGUCAGAGUAGCGGCGUUCUGCGGGGCGCUUUACGGCAGAGUCUGUUUCCUUUUACUGUUUCAACGAGGCUGAUAAUACCCAAGGAUGCGCAGCAGUCCCGUGGGAGCAAGCUAUCGAAUGGGCGGUCAUGUACUUUCAGCCAUGUGUAAAUUAAAUUAGGGAAAAA